CUUCACAAUCGUUCUUUUCCAUGAGUGUUAGACAUUUUCCAAAAUGAACGCAUCUAAAGUGUUAAAACUACAGAGUGUACAGUCUGCAGUACGCCAACUCGCAACAAGUAAACAAACAAAUGAAAAGAGUUUCUUCUCGGGAUUUUUCGAUAAAAAGGUUGAGGUUCAGUCUGGCGCCCAUUCUAAUAAAUUGAGUGACAAAGAGAGAAUAUGCGAAUUAGUAACCCACAACGUGAAACCAGAUUGUCUUGACAAAUAUCUUAAAACAACAGAAAACAUUAUAGGAUUUGUAAACAGUAACAACUCAGUGCUACACGGGCAAUGUCUUGGAAAUUUUCAGGUUUUAGUUGGAGAUCAAGAUCAGUUUAUCCACCUUUGGAGAUAUGAGGGAGGAUACAAGAAUUUAGAUGAAAAUAUCAAAUUUCUAGCGGAGAGCAAAGAAUUCGCAGCUUUACAGAGGGAUUUGCUUCCCUUAAUUCGCAGCAGGCACAGUCAACAUCUUCUCAAGUUUAGUUACUGGCCAGAUAUUGAACUUAGGAAUGGUUCUAACAUAUAUGAGCUGCGGUCCUACCAUCUGAAACCAGGAACUAUGGUAGAGUGGGGGAACUAUUGGGCUAAAGCAAUCAGAAUGAGAGAUUAUAAAAAUACUGAAGCGUUUGCCGGAAUGUUUUCACAAAUAGGAGAAUUGUAUAAUGUUAAGCAUAUCUGGUGCUAUGGAAGCCUGGAGGAAAGAAAGGAAGCAAGGGAGGUGGUCUGGCAACACCAACAAUCACAAUGGCAGGAUAUUGUUGCCAAUACAGUUCCAUUGAUUCGACAGAUGACAUCAAGAAUAAUGCUUCCAUUGAACAUCAGUUCUACCAAAUAAUAUAUUAUGAUAAAUAUAGUAAUAAAAUCGACAGCUUUCAAAUUAUUAGUUGGGUUAUAAAAAAGCUUAUUUAAAUCAUUUAACAGUUCAUAAUUUAGAUCCGUAGUCGCAGUGCCCCCCCCCCCCCCCCGACAAAGGGUGUGGUAGACAAAAGUUUUUCUGAAAACUUUCUUAUAUAAAGAUAUAAAUAUCCACUUUAAAUAAUAUAAAGGUUUCUGUAAAAAGGUUAAAGCUUUAAUAGUCAGUCAAAAUUUUGAACAAACUUUUGAUCUAAAACAAAUCAACGAGUCUUUUAUUUGCAACAGACCAAAAAAUAAAAUAUGAAAAUA